AUGCACCAGACAGCCGCUGCGCGAUAUGCACCUGCGUGUGCGACGCUCGAAAAGCAUGAAGUCGAGCGUAUUCAACAGGCUAGAAUGCUCGUUGUGGGUGCGGGUGGAAUUGGGUGUGAGCUCCUAAAGGACCUAGUAUUGGCUGGCGUGGGCCAUCUGGAUAUUAUUGAUCUAGAUACUAUUGAGUUGUCGAACUUGAACCGUCAGUUUCUUUUCCAAAAACAGCACAUCAACCAAUCGAAAGCAAAGGUUGCUCGCGACGCUGCAUCUGCGAUGAAUCCGGACGUCACGAUCAUUGCGCACCAGGCCAAUAUCAAGUCGCCUGAGUUCGAUGUGUCGUACUAUGCAUCUUUCGACGUGGUAUUAAGUGCACUCGACAAUCUGGAGACACGAAGGUGGGUGAAUCGUAUGUGCGUUAUGGCGCGUGUGCCGCUGAUUGAGAGUGGCACAGCAGGUUUCCUCGGUCAGGUGCAGCCAAUUCGACCUUCCUUCACCGAGUGCUAUGACUGCACAGAACAUCCCAUGCCAACAACAUAUCCAGUCUGCACGAUCCGCUCAACGCCAUCGACACCCGUUCACUGCAUCGUAUGGGCAAAGAAUUGGCUUUUCCCGCAGCUGUUCGGCGAAGUCGACCAGUCGGACGAGCAUGAGCUAACAGAGGCUGCUAAGCGCGGUGAAGAUGCAGUGGAGCUUCAGCGCCUGCGAAAUGAAGCCCGCCAAAUGCUAGUGCUACGUGAUGAGCUCGUCGCUUCGUUACGUGCAUCCUCAGGCAUAUCGCAUGAAAGUGAUGCUCCGCACGCCGUGUGUCAGCGCAUUUUUAACAAGCUGUACCAAGUCGAUAUUGAGCGUCUUCUGGCGAUGGAUGAGAUGUGGCAAAACCGCACGCGGCCAAAGCCGCUCACGUAUAGUGAUGCUCGUCACGCGAUGCAUACGGUGCCAUCGGACGACCAUACACUCCGGGAUCGACGUCAUCUCACCGUCGCAGAGAAUGCCGCUUUGUUUACAGAGACCACUAUUGCACUUGCGAGGCGUUCUUUAUCUUCGGAUGUGCCUAUUUCAUUUGACAAGGACGAUGACGAAGCUUUAGGUUUUGUCACUGCCGCAUCAAAUCUUCGCGCCCAUGUAUACCACAUCCCCGAGCAGACACGCUUCGAUACUAAGCAGAUUGCAGGCAAUAUCAUUCCGGCGAUCGCAACAACAAAUGCUAUUGUGGCCGGACUCGUGGUUGUGCAAGCCCUGCAUAUGCUGUCGGCUCGCCAAAUCCUCGAUGUGGCGUAUGCCAAGAUGUCUAUUGCCGCGCAGGCAUAG